AUCACCCUAUCUCAUCUAAAUCUAAUUAUCUUCAGUUCACCAAGUCAUUUCAUCCAAUCACUCAUAUAUCCAACAUCACGUCUCUUCCUCACCACCGCUGGCGGCUCUUCCGCCACCCACCGUUGUCCAUUCAGAUGAGAUUCAUCGUGGUCCUCUUCAUCAUCGGCUCUUUUGUCUUUCCAACUUUUGCCGUCGACUUUCUCUUCAAUUCUUUUGGUACCAUCACCAAUGGCACCGACCUCGUUCUCAUCAAUGACGCCCGCCUUGAGUCCUCCGUGGUCCGACUCAACAACGAUUCCAAUCAGUUCUCUUUCGGUCGGGCUUAUUACCCAACAAAACUGACAAUGAAACCCGGUGACAACUCCACGAAUAUCACUUCUUUCUCAACUUCAUUUGUAUUCUCCGUGUUGCCAGAGAUCGCUUCAAGUCCAGGCUUUGGCCUUUGUUUCGUCCUCACGAACUUCACAUCUCCGCCUGGUGCGCUUGCUAGUCAAUACUUUGGUCUUUUCACAAAUGCAACUGUUCCAACUGUGGCUCCACUUCUAGCGGUUGAAUUUGAUACGGGUCGAAACCCGGAAUUCAAUGACCCAGAUGAUAAUCAUAUCGGGAUUGAUCUCAACAAUAUCGAAUCGGAUGACACUGCCUCAGCUGGGUACUAUAGCUCUUCAAAUGGGUCUUUUGUGCCGGUCAAUAUGAGGAAUGGGCAGAAUAUUCACGCUUGGAUUGAUUUUGAUGGUAUCAAUUUUGAGAUUAAUGUCACGGUUGCACCUAUUGGUGUUUCCAAGCCGUCUAGGCCUACCCUGAAUUAUAAAAGUCCGGCUAUUGCUAAUUAUGUUUCUAGUGAGAUGUAUGUUGGAUUUUCUGCAUCGAAGACUAAUUGGAUUGAGGCACAAAGAAUUCUUGCUUGGAGUUUGAGUGACACUGGGGUUGCUAGUGAGAUUAACACUACUAAUUUGCCGGUUUUUUCUCUACCAUCUUCAUCUUCGUUAUCAGCUGGAGCUAUUGCCGGGAUUGUGAUUGGUUGUGUUGUUUUUGUGGUCAUUUGUGUAUCUGGGUGUUACUUGGUUUGGCGAAAGAACAAUUUGAAACACCAAGAAGAGGACGAGAUUGAAGAUUGGGAACUUGAAUAUUGGCCUCAUAGGUUUUCUUAUGAAGAACUAAGUCAAGCCACUAAUGGAUUCUCUGAAAAUGAUCUUCUUGGUUCUGGUGGAUUUGGGAAAGUGUAUAAAGGAACUCUUCCUAACAACACAGAAAUAGCUGUAAAAUGCGUUAACCACGACUCUAAACAAGGCCUAAAAGAGUUCAUGGCAGAGAUUUCAAGCAUGGGCAGGCUUCAACAAAAAAAUCUUGUCCAAAUGCGAGGGUGGUGCAGAAAAGGCAAUGAACUUCUACUUGUUUAUGAUUUCAUGCCCAAUGGCAGCCUCAACACCUGGAUUUUUGACAAACCCAAGAAACUCUUAGGCUGGAAACAACGCCGCCUAGUCCUUGCCGAUGUGGCUGAAGGACUCAACUAUUUGCACCAUGGCUGGGAUCAAGUAGUACUUCACAGAGACAUUAAGUCUGGUAACAUUUUACUGGACGCCGAAAUGAGAGGCCGACUUGGAGAUUUUGGUCUCGCAAAACUAUACCAACAAGGUGAAGUACCUAACACCACUAGAGUGGUGGGCACUUUGGGGUACUUAGCACCUGAGUUGGCAACAGUUUCGGCUCCAACUUCAGCAAGUGAUGUGUAUAGUUUUGGGGUGGUGAUUUUGGAGGUGGCCUGUGGAAGAAGGCCGAUUGAUAUGACUGCUGAGACAGAUGAAGAGGCGGUGCUUACUGAUUGGGUGAGAGAAUUUUAUGGGCAGGGAAGGAUUUGUGAGGCGGCGGAUGGGAGGAUUAGAGAAGAGUAUGAAGUUGAAGAGAUGGAAUUGAUAUUAAAACUUGGUUUGGUUUGUUGCCAUCCUGAUCCACAAAGGCGGCCUAGCAUGAAGGAGGUGGUGGCUGUUUUAGUUGGUAAGGAGGCGGCCGCCACACCUAAGGAAUUGUUGGGUGAGUUGGCGGGUCGUGAGGGUAAUUUUGAUGAUAAUGGUGGCGAACCUGGCGGUCACAGUGGUGGAAGUUUUAGAGAAGAAGAACCACUACAACCACAACUCCCGGUGUGAAUAGUUAAUUUUUUUUUUCAAACGUUCAUGUAACCAUUAUUUGUGAAGAAUAUAUUAAUUUGAUAUUUGUUUGUAUUAUGCCAUAAUUCAACCAAGAAUCAUAUUCUCGAAGGUAAACAUCUCUGAUUAUUCCUCUUCCCCCAACUAUAAUAUUCUCCGAGAAGAUAUGUAUUUUACAUAUGGCAAUAAAAGAAAGCU